GAUUGUUGUUAGGCAAAGAAGGAGCUUGUGUUGCAGAAAUGUGAUUGAUGUAUUUUGUUGGAUCGAGGGGAAAAAAACUGAUGAUCAUAUAAUGUGGUGAUUCAAUGUUCAACGCUUGAAGUCUAUUAUAUAUUUCCUUAUUCAAACUACUUAUACCGGUAUGCUUGCAUCAUGAUAUGAUGCUUUGGAAAUGCAAAAUGUCUAAUUUUACAGGCAAUGAAAUGAGCGUGUGCUUCAGCAGCCAUGGAUACUAAAUUUCAAAGGAUGAUGGAAAUUUUCUUGGGUUGAUCCAACUUCUGAAGGAUCUUUUUUGAAAGGGAGAACAUCUCUGACAGAAAUUUAUUCAUCUUGUGCACAGUGUAGUCUUGACCAUGUUAACUGGUUGGUGUUCAACAAACUGACCUAUAAAUGCAGCUUUGCGGUAGCAGUCUCAUCUUCUAGAUUUAAUUCUGAAGGGGAGAAAUGGGAAUAAAAUGAUGGAUCUAGAAAGGAAGAAUAUAGGAGAGCUGCAGUAUGGAGCAGGAUGACUUUUCUAUUUCGAACGGACCUGCCAUCCGAUGGAUUUCUAUCUUCAUGAGCAAUACUUCUUUAAGUGCCCCUUGAUAUUAAUACUUGAUCCCCAACAAUGACUACUAAUUAAGUGAAAAUAAGCCAUCGUCAACAAUGAGAAGCUGUUAUCCGACCUCGAGUCCUGGUGAUGAUGAUGUCUUCAUUGCAUCAGGCUACAAUAACUCAGGAACACGUACUUGGGUGUCAAGUUGUCAGGGAAAUUACUUUGACUUUGAUACUCAGAAGCUGCAGAUUUUAAAGAGGCUGAAUGGGGGACAUCAGGAAUUUGAAGAAGGAAUUGAAGAUGUUACAUGUAGGAAAUCAAGUAUUGAUGACUUGCUGAUUGCCAGACAUGACCCAGAAGAGAUUCUUCUUAACCUUGGCUUUGGUGGAUCACCUGACAAAGAUGCUGUCGAUCGCAUCCCUUCCAGGUUUCUCCAAACACAAUCUCGGGCUAGGGGUAUCUCAACUGAUCACUACCUCUAUCAGAUGGAUGAAUUAGAAAGAGGAUGUGGAUUUAGUCUUGUUGGUGGUCUUAGAAGCUUGGGUCCUGCCCUUCGUAGAUCAUCUAGAAUGUCUACCUCUCCAAUAAUUGGUCGUGAACCUACACCUUCAAAUGUUAACAGCACACCUGUCAACGUCAUUGUAGAACCACAACAUGAACAGAAAGAAACUCAACAGAACAAACUGCUAAAGAAAGAACCAUACAAAGGGCUUCCUGAUGAUGACUUGAACCACAAUGUUGAAACAGUACAAACGCAAAAAGGGGUCAAAUAUGAAAAGGGUCACAAGAUCAAAGGUCAUCAUAAGCUGGUUGAGCAAAGCAAUGUUGAUGACAUUGAACUGACUCCUAUAGGAGAGUCAUCUCCAGUUGGUCAUAAAACACUUCAUGGUGAAGGUCAAAGGACAGAGGUCAUAUCAGUCUCAACUGCACCAUCUACAGGACAGGAGAAAGAAAACAUGAAUGUCUUGAAGAACCAAAGGAAUGACCCUCCCUGUCGACUUGGAUCCAAAAUUCAAAGUGGAUGUUCUAACCUUGGCAGGAGACCACAGAGAGAGGUAGAUAUUGAGCCUAAUGAGAAGUGUAGUGUUAUGAAGGAGAUCAGCCAGGAGAAAGGAUUGGCUUUACAACCAAGGAUAGCACAACUCAGUAACACCCAUACUGGAACAGUCACUGGUCAUGGUCUGCACUCAAGGGAAGACUCAUUUGAGUUUGAAGAGCUUUCUAGUGAGGAGAGAUUGGAAGAUAACAAUGGUAUGAAUCAUACUGGAGAAGCUAGUUUGAAUAACCAAGGUAAUUUGAUCCGCAGUGAUAGCACACAGUCAGAUAGCAGUGGCUUUGCAGAUGAAAAUACAGGCAGCAAUGAGACAGAAUCACCCAAAAGCACUUCUGGUAACUCUACCAUUACCUCUGAUUCGAAGAUCACCCAGACAAGUUUUGAUGCUGAUAUAGAACCCUUGGAUUCUAGUCAAUUCCAGAGACUACGCUAUAACUCUGGUGCUGCUUCAGAUAAGAAUGCAGAACUUACAAUAAGUCAAGAAUCAAUGCAAAGUCUUCCAUCUGUGACCUCAUUGGAUGAUUCCCCAUUUGAUGAUGCGAUAGUGGGGACUGAAUUACUAAAGAGUGACACACAACGUACAAGACAUCGCACAUACCCUGCAGCACAGGAUAGAAGGAUAGAGGAGUCAGGACCCAAAACAGUUGUUGAGAUCUUGUCUUCCCUUCACACAACCUCAAAAGAACUUGGUAAAGAAAGCAACCAAGGUCCCUCUGAGUCAACCAGACGUAAGCAUCCCAAAUUGAUGAAAAUGAAAAGUGUGGAUCCAGAAGGGUAUGGCUUUAAGCGUAAUGCUGAAAGUAAAGGGGUACAAACACAGGUGGAAUCAAGUCUGAAAGUGUCGCAUAAACAAAUCUAUGAGGUUUUACAUGAAGUUGAUGAAGAGCUUCUCAGUCAAGAUGGGUUGACUGAUGAUGGUCGUGGAACCAAGGAAGAUAGACUCGUGCAAUCUGUUACAAAGUUUUCCAUUCCUGAUGAACAAUGCAAGGAACAUGUGACUGAAGAAAGUAAUGCUGCCAUUGUGACAAAUGUUGAAGAAGUGUGUGAAGGGUCUGAUGCUGCACCCAUUGAAUCCAAUGUCAUUCCAUCCUACAGAAGCCAUGAUGCAUAUCAACGUCUUUCUAUUACAACAUCCCAUUCCACAGAGUCUGUCUCAGUAAAGUCAAAACAUUCUUCUGAUUAUGAACACCAAGUAAGUUUUGAUGAAGUCAAAGUUAAUCCUGCAAUACCAGUUGUAAGUGACUCCGACAAUGUGCAGCUCAGUAGCCAAGUAUCCAACAAAUUUUUAUCAGAGAAUCUAUCUACAUGUAUAAAUGAGGAUAUAUCUAAUGAUGAACUUUCUUGUAAUAAUGGAAACAUUGGUGAUAGUGAGAGAAGUGGAAGGAGGGUAAAACAGACUCUCUCUGAAAUCAAUCAAUGUGAAUUCAGUAGUCAGACAUCUAGUACAGUGACAGAUGAUGAUGCAGAUGUGUCUUUCAUCAAGUGCCAAUGGGACAAGAAAGUGCCAUUUAGUGCAUACAGCUCAAGUGAAUUUGAUGUGGAACAUUGUGAUGUACAUAGGGAUUUAGAUUUUAGCGAGAAGAACAGUAUUCCUGAUCAGCAAGAAGUUGAAGAGAAAGAAAAUCUAGUCGUUGAUGUUGAGAUGUUAAAAAAUGUAAGACAUGUGGAGACAUCAGGUAUAUGUGUAACUGCUUCAAAUGAAUGUUUAUCCGUAAAAUGUUGGCACAACAAUGCCGACUCAGGGGAGACUGAACAAUCUGUCACAACUCAGGAUAUUGCAUUGAAUGAUGCCACACUGCCAGCAGGAUCUAUUGAGGUAUCUUCAGCAUUACCAGGGUCCUUAACUGAUACUGAAAAAUUGUCUUCUACAGCUCAGACCACUGCUUCUAUAGAUGUGUCAUCUGUCCAAGUUGAUUUGUCUAGUAGUAGACCGGACAUAGAUAAGGUUCAACCUUCGGAGGUCACAGAAUGUGCUUCAAAUAUCCCUAUAGAUCCUGAACAGUUGUUAAAGGAAGUAGCUUCCCAGCCACUCCCGGAUAAUGUUAUAGACACAAGAAUUGAGAUGAUCAACAAAGAAGAACACUCUAAGGCUAGAGAAGAACUUAAAGCACUUCUUUCAUCUCAGGAUCACCCUUUGUUAUCAUCAUCAGUGCCAUUAAAAUCAGCCAAUCAUAAUGAAGCUGUGGAGGAUCUCAAACUCCUACAGAGGGCAUUAGGCAGAUACCAUCAGGAUCUAGAAGAGCUGGAAUUGUGGUCUUCAAAACUUUUUCAAGAUGUUGGAUUUGCUUUAAGCCCAGAAGAGAGAUCUGACUUACACAGCUUGUCUAAAGUUCGUCACAAGAUCAAGGAUGAGAUUCAAAGUCUUCAAACAAAUCUAAUGGAGAAAUUUCAGGCAGUGAUAUCCAUAGACAUGGAGAAUGAGAGUGAAAAGGAGUCUUUAUGGUCACCUAGCCUGUCUCAUGUCAUGUGUCAGAUGGUAGAUCUACUUAAAGAGCAGACAUCAUUGCGUAGCUUCUUAGAUGAUCUUCAGGCCUUGGAGAACAGUAGCUCACCUACCCCUUCCUGGUCAGUGCAAUCAUCCAAACCUAGGAAUCGCCUGGUUGAUGCUACCUUUGGAGGUUCAGUGGAUGAUGAUGGGAAUCAGUCUGAAGGAGAGACUGAUGAAGCUACAUCUGAUCUAUCAUACCCUGGUACCAUGAGCCAGAGGGAGUUGAUUGAAGAACUGCAGAAAGCACAGAGUGCCUUGAAGAAGAUGAAAUUCAAAGCCAAACAGGAUGUUGUCAUGGCAGUCAGAGAGGCUAAAGAUAUGGAGAUAGAAAACCUGAGAUCAAUGGUCAGAGAACUGAAGGAAACAAGUAUGACCAUGCCAGGCUUUGAGACAGUCUUCCGCCAAAUGGCUAGAGAUAAAGAAAGUUGAAACUGAUUUCAUUACCAGCAAGAAUAAGAGACCAGUUCCUGUAUUCCCAGUCUAAAGACAUCAAUGGAGAAUUGGGAGAAUGAACUGGAAUUUAUCUCCAGAGAGGUAGCUACUCUGUCUUUGAGAUGUCCUAGGAAUGUCUUCCACCAACUGGCAGGGUGCAGGAUAAGCUUCAGUACUCAGAUUUCAUUUGAUCUUGAGAGAGAGAGAGGUCAGUGGGGGAUGUGACCUUAUCCAGUGGGGAGGUGUCAAUGACAAUAAGAUGGUGAUUAAGCUUUGAUUAAUAAGAAGAUACACUAACCAGAAGAAAAGUUCUAAGACUGAAUUAAUGAUGGCUAAUAGAUGUCAUUAUUUCAAUGUAAAAUUGAAAGUUAACAGAAAAUAAAAUCAAUAUCUGUCUGUCUAGGAAUGUAUGAUUUGAGUUCAGAUGUUUUAAAAUAUCUUUUGCUUAUCUUUAAACCUAAAAUGGGCUGACAUUUAAAUAAGCUGCUUUGAGAUUUUUAAAUUUUCAUAUUACAGCUUUGCUAAAAAUGUAAAUGUAGCCUCAAAUUAGUUCUCUUUUACGUUUACACAUAAAGAUCUGUUUAUCAGGAUUUAAUACUUCCAUUAUUCAGAAUAGUAUGAGUUCUUUAUAAGUUUGUGUUUUUUCGUGACACUUGAAAAUGAGGUUAUUCAUGACUUUUCAAAUGACUGGAAUAUUAAAUGGCAAAGGGAUGCCCAAAGUUCUACUUGAAUGUCACACAAAGUGUGGUCAAAUAUUUCUAAUAAUGUCAAUGAAAGGUAGUAACUUUGUCUCAAAUUCAAAACCCAAAUCCAUGAUUUAACUGGCAAUUCAAUCAUAGUCCUUAAGGUCAGACAGCAAAGGACAUAGCUGUAAGAUAUCAAUGAUGCCAUGAUAAGGGUACUACCUUACCGUCAAAGAUUCCUCCCAGCAGUUAUGGUGUCUGUGUUUCACACGCUGUUGUGCAGGGCCACCCACAUUGUGUUAGCCUUAUCUUCAUAUUCAACUCUUGCUGAUACAAUCAAUUUAGAAUGUGGAAUCACAUAUUUCUUAUCAUAUUCUGGUCAUUCAUAAGUCAUCCAUUAAUAUUUCAUAAAUGUUUUAAGAAAGUUGUUUUAUAGCUGACUAAACAGUAAACAUUGGGCGAGAUUGUGUGCUACUCAACUCACAGUAAAAUAAGAAUUAUACUCAACUUUUUAUUGCAAGAUGCGUUUAUGGCUUGUGGUGCAAAAUCAUUUAAUGGUGCUGUUUGGAUACUUUUUAAUUUAUUACUUUGCCGUUUGCAACUAGGUGUAAAAUUUCCACCUCAAAUGAUAGAGUUAUGGCUGUUUAAUGUGUACACAUUUAUAUUAAUGGAAUAUUCCAAAUAGCCAGUGUAUUUUGUCGUUAAUGAGCAUUGUUUACCCACUUCCAUGAUUGUAUUGUGGCUCAAGAGUAAAUAAAGCAAGAAGAGAUUCAUUGUGCAGUAGCUGCCAUUUCAUUGAAAUUGUAUGAAUGAUAAUUAUGCAAAUGUUUAUGAAUGAACAAUUAGAUUUACAUGACUAAACAUGUUAUGCAAAGAUUAUAUUUACAAAUUAUAUACAUAUAGUUUCUUUUCCUAAUUGAAUUGGAUCUUGUCUGAACAGAAUUGUGGUGUAUGGAAGUUUGCAUUUAGUUAUUUGAUAUGAAAAUUUAGUGAGCAGGAGCACUAUUGAGUACCUACACAAUACAUGCUUUGAUGAUGGGAUUUCCUUUCAGUUUUGUUUUUGACCUUAUUUAAACUGGUCUUUUGUUCAUAUAUCUUGCUCAGAGUGUUAUAUUUAAGACCUCAUCACAAUAUAACAUAUCACAGUGCAAAUUAAUGAGUAAAGAGCUGUUUAGCUAAAUUUUGUUCCACAAAAUGACACACAGUCAUUUGACAUUCCCUGGUCAUUAAGUUUGUUUGCUCAGCUUUUGCUAGAUGUCUACUUUCUAUACUCUUCUAUUCAUUGCUUAUACAGUGCGUAUAAAAAAAAAGUUUACACUUUGGAAAAGCCCUGGGAAUUAAAAAAUAUACAACAUGUGGGUUAUUUUUUCACAUAUAAUCUUGGGUUUGAGUCUCAUCUAUCCGAUGAAAGUAAAAGUUUUGACAGAAUGUUACACUUGAGUGAGCAAUGUCCAUUUUUGUAAAGCUCGCAGAAAUCUGUUUGCGCAGAAAUGCUCGUUUGUACGCUGUGUCAAGGGGAAAGGGCGAAAUCAAACUUACCCUGCGAAACAUUUCUCAUACAUUUUCCUUGCACUUUUAGUCAAUUGAAAUAAAACGGAUACAUUUAAGCAUUUUCUAACAAUUUUGCCACCCAAAUUUAAAUUUCAACACUUAGUAAACACAACCUUUACCCUUUUUGUGCCAGAUGGAUCUGAGGACAUAACUGAAUCUGAACAAAAGUUUAUAUCAGACAUCUCCAGCAUUUUUUCACUAAGUUUUUAUCAUUUGAUGUGGGUUUACAUUUCAUUUUUCAUUUAAUACUUGUUUCUCCACACUUUUCCCAAGCUUGACAAUGAUUAACAAAAUGAAAAUCAAGCCUAAGCCAUUUCAUGUAAAUCACAGCUCAGUGUAAAGGAAAUAUUGUCACUAUGGCCUCGGUGUGUGGGGGAGUGGGGUGGGGCGCAAUGCACUCCUCGAAGUGGUUUGGGCAAUGAAACAAGUUAAAAAGGUAUAAGAUAUCUUCAAAUCAAUUUUACUCGUUAAAUUUCACGUGUUAUUCAUGAUUAAGGUCCACUUUUAUUCGCAUAACUAUUUCAAAGUUCUGCGCAAAUCAUUUUUCACUAACUUUUCAAAAGUAAGUGGUGCUCACUCAAGCGGAAAUAUUUUUCGACAGUUAUAUCGUCAUUUGCUUAAAUGGAUCUGUACCAAUGUUAAAAUGUGAAAAAAUCUUCAGGAUAUUACAAAUGUAUAAUUUUAUAGGAUUUUUUCUAAGUGUAAACUUUUUUUUGAUACGCACUGUAUUAUGUAGUCAACAUCUGUAGGCUCAUCAGUUGCUAUGUCCAUGUUAAUAAGAUAUGAAGUAAGCCCAGAGCAUAUUUUGAAACUUGCACAAAUAGAUGAAUGCUAAGCAUGCAUUCAUUUGCUCGAUACUCAUAAUUGAACAGGGCCUUAACCAUGAAGCAAUCAUUUCAUCAAUUUUGUUGCUUUUGUUUCUUUUAUUUACUGCUAAAUUUGGUUUUUACAGCUUUUUCAUUUUAUCGAAUGCAGUCAUUACAAUUUAUAGUGUAAGGCGUUUUCUAUCAUUUGCCUGAACAUGUAUUUAUCAUGGCUGAAUCAAUUAUUCCUAUGAACACAUAAAAAAAGUUAAUUUUCAUGAAUUUAUAUUUGGUCACUCAUGAGAUUUGAAAAAAUUUCAAAUAAUGAAAUAUUUAAAUUUGUUAGUGCCUUGUAAGAUAAGAUAAAGUAUUAUGUCUAUAUUUGAAUUGAACUAACCUCAGGCUGGUCCUGUUUAGAUUUGUUUAUGUUACAUAAAUGUAUAUCAUUUCAGUGGUUGUGGUUUUAUGUUUGUUUUUGUUUCAUUUACGUUUAAUUUCCAUAUCAAAUUGCAUGAAAAUUAAAACAGAUUGCAUGGUAUGCAAUGCACACACACAUUUGAAUAGCUACAGUGAAUAAAUAUGGAUAUCUAGCCAGUAAGAUAAAUUUAGGAGGGUUAAUACAGGUAUUUUUUAACAGGUUAGCAUUUGUGAGGAAACUAAAAGCCUUUUGAUCAGAGAGAGGGUCAUGAUUUCGAAUUCUACUCUCUGGAGUCAAUUUUCUUAAAACAAGAAAAUGAUCCGUUCUGGCUAUACUCGACCCAGAAGAGGUGAAUGGGUACCCAAAGGGAUUUAUUCUUUGAAUGCUUAAGCACCUAUAUACAGUGAGCUAGGGUAACAAUAUUUUACCAAGUAUGUAGUGAAGUAGGUAACUGCACUAUUACAAUCAAUUGAUAUAUUAUUAUUAAUAAGGUUUGAGUUAAGGUAUGUUUCUGUGUUAUAAUGAAACAAAGUAAAUUUGUAUUGAAUUUGGAGAAGCAUGUCAUUUUUAAAAAUUUAAUCUGUGUGACUUGUGUUAUGAAGAAAAGAGAGUAAUACACCUAUAUUCAGUGUAUAGACCUUUAUGGUUUCUGCAAGUGAUUGUCUCGAAGACAAAUAAGUUUCCCCAUUGAUAACAUUAUUUUAUUUUUACAGAUUCUGGCAGAGAUAUAUAAAUCUGGGGCGGUAUUCUGAACAUUGCCUUUUCUCCAUAUUUUAUCUUUUCUCAGAGAUAUGACAAAAUCUUUAUUCUGGUGGAUGUCAUAACUUUUGUCACAAAAAUUGUCAUAAAUUUUGUCUCUUCUCUUUAGUGCACACCAAAAAUAUGCGGCUUUAAAUGCACGUAAUCCUUUUAUACAAGCAAAAGAUAUGACAAAAGUUAUGACAGGGGGUAGCAGUCAUAAAUUUUGUCAUAUCUUUUUGUACCAAAUAACCUGAUACCCUACCAACUGAAUGUCAAGCAUAUACUGAUAUUAUUUAGAUUAGAUUGUAGUAUUAGUUUCACUCAUCCAUGGCAAUUUUCAAAAUUAUUUUUUCAUGCUACAAUUAGUGAGGCCCUAAAUAUUAAUUUCUCAUUUUUUCUCUGUUUUCCUUCCUUUUCCAUUUCUCUUCUAAAAUCCUUCACAUCUCCUGUCUCUCUUUGUAAUUAAGCGCAUCAAUAUACCCUUAGUUGCGCGAUGCCAGCAACUGUAUUUGGGAUACGCCCUUCCAGCCACGAGGCCUUCCUAUUGGCUAGAAGGGCUCCCACUGGGAUCUAACAAUGAUUUUGAUUGGUUUGCUUCCGAAAGGAUGGGCGGGAACUCAGAGAGAUAUGACAGGGAAAAGACAAUGUUCAGAAUACCGAUUUGUGACAAUCAUAGCGGUGUCACAUCUCGGAAAGAAAUGACAAUAUUUAUGACAAAAGUUAUGACAGUGUUCCAGAAUACCACCCCUGGUUACCAUUUUGGAGUUUAUGUAUUGGUAUUUUUAUGACACUGUUUCAAAACAUUUCUUUCUUAUGUUUCAUGUAGGGCUUUUUUUUUUCAAAGUAAGGAACUACAAUUAAUUACAUCUUGUAGAUUCUAGUUUCCUUUUUUUUUUUACUUUUCCUUUCUUUGUUUCAUUGAAUCAAUGCCUCAGCCCUCUACUAAUUCCUGCCACAUAGUAUGUAUGAGGUAUUCUCACUACUGGGCCGAUGAUGGGAAUAUUUGAAAAUGCUGAAGAAAGUUAUACCUGUUUUUAUCAAUUCUGUUGGAUUAACAUGAAUAGCAAUCUCUGUGAAAUGUGUCUUUCUAAUCCUGCCUUUGGAAUUAUUAGCUGCUUGUUUAUUCAUAGAUGUAUUUAAGAAAUGAGACCAAUCUACAUGUAUUUUCUUGCAUUCCUAAUAUGAUUAUGUGUUAUAAUAUACAAGUAGUAAAUGUUCAUGUAUGUCUCACAUAUAUAGACAGAAGAAGGAUAUAAUAGUGAUAACUAAUAUUCAGUGUAUAAUUGUAUAUUGUUACUGAUGUAUUUCAUGCAUAUAUAUUUCUAUAUGGGAUAUUUUAUGGACAAUGUAAUAUUAUAUACAUCACAGCUAUUUGGAAUAUAAAGAAUUUAACAAAUUAUUUUCCUCCUAAGAAUUUUUGAUUGACUAAUAUUUCUGUGCUUUACAUCAUGAAAUAAGAACUGCCAUAUUGCAGUAUAUAUUUUUACAGAAAAGCUAUAUUUGUACUACAGUAAAAGUAAGACAUUGGUAUUUGUACUUUUAUUGCUGAUUUUUAUGAUGUUUUCUCUUUUCUCGACAUUGAAAUUGACUGUAAUAAAGAGAAAUAAAAGAA